UUACUCUGUUGUGGAAGCCAUUUUGGGAUUUUCCUAGUAGUAAUUGUGAGCCAAGCUCGUAACUUUUGUCUAUUCCCACGAAGCUCGCGGGUUUCGUAUCUGGUGUUUGGACACACGGUUGUUUCUGUUUUUAUUUUUAUAUGUCCGUCGAGAUGCGGCGCACAUUUUGCGCAUCCUUGAACUGGAUUGUCAUUUCUGAACUGGACUACCUUUAAAACAACAAGAGACCGUAGAAACUGAUGGUCAAACUGCGUGCUCAGCGAAUUACCAUGGAUUUUUCCCGUCUGCACACGUAUACUCCUCCUCAGUGUACUCCGGAUAACACGGGAUAUACCUAUUCACUCAGCUCAAGUUACUCGACCGCAGCCCUUGAGUUUGAGAAGGAGCAUCAAAUCAAUCCCGUGUACGACUCGCCCAGAAUGUCUCGCCGUAGUUUGAGGCUACAGACCAGCAGUGGUUUUUAUGGUGACAACAGCCUCACUGAGUGCACAGGCAUUCACAGUGUCGGCUCCUACAAGCAGACCAGCACCGCCACCAGCAGCAGCAGCGUCAGCAGGUCUGUGCGGAGCAGGAGGCAGCAGCAGGGCUCAUCCGUGUACGAGUCUGAGAGCGUGUCUCAGAGCGUGACUCAGACUCCUCAGAAAGACCAGACCCUGUCAGACCUGAGUUUCACCAGUACAGCCAGUGAUGCAUCUCUGAUCUCCAGCCUGCUGGAUCAGUCCACUCUCAGACAGAGCUCCAGGACACACACAUACUCUGCACAGAGAAGAAGAACUGCUCACAGCUCUCUGUUGGAGAAUGGAGACACCAGUAAAACAGAGGCGCACACUAAUCUGGCUAACGGCUAUGUUUGUAAAGACUGCUCGUUCCACGCAGACGGGAAGGAGGAUGAAAUGGCAUGUUCCUUACCGUACUCGACAUCUGUGUCUUCAGCGUAUCAGACAGCUGCAGACGCCACUAUGACCACUUCUCUGAACAGUGUUGACAAGACAGCUCAUGACAGCUACUGUGGCAGUGUGAACGUGCGAGAUCUGGUGACCACAGACAGCCAUCUCAAUCUCAACGGCUCACUCUGUGAUGACUGUAAAGGAAAACAGCACAUGGAAAUGCACACGGAGCACAAACGCUAUUCCUACACCCACCAUGUAUACGCAGCCUUGUGGGCCCUUGUUUCUUACACAGGUUAUACACCUUCAGAUCUUUACACACCUUCCCAGUAGACGGCAACUUCAGUGUCUCAUUCCAGUAGAAAUACCUUUGUGUGUCUUUCACGAUUUAUGUUUUUCAUCCAUUUGUUAGCUGAAAGACUAUUAUGUAAGACACUGAAAUGAAAGAGAUUGGGGGGGGAGAUGGAUUGGAUCGCUGGAUGUUGUCUGAUUGUGUUCUGUUUUGGCUGUUUUGAUGGUACACACCCAGGUUAUGGGCUUCUGCGGGUUUGCCGAGGUUUCGGCUCGGCCGGUGUGUUUGUGACCCGGAAGCUGAAGUCCGUUCUGUGGUUGGCAGUGUGUUCUCCAGGGAAAGCAGCGACUGGCGCCUUCUGGUGGCUGGGAACAGGAUGGUAUCAGCUGGUCGCGCUCAUGUCUCUGAUCAAUGUCUUUCUUCUCACCAGGUGUCUGCCCAAACUACUGAAGCUCCUUCUGUUUCUGCUACCCUUACUGCUGCUGUUCGGAUUAUGGUACCUCGGUCCGCCCAUUGCUCUGUCCUUCCUUCCAGCUGUAAACCUCACAGAGUGGAAAACAGCAGUCACUUCUUUCCCAUCACUUCUUCCACUCCCUUCUCUCCCAUCUCUUCCCUCUUUCCCCGCAUUACCUUCUUUCACUAAAGAACCACUGGCUGACGAACAACACAUCUCACCCCCGGUGAUCUCACAGGCUGCGUCAGAGUCCAUUAACAGCGAGUGUUUGGCUCGGCUGGAGCAGCGUGUGGCGGCGCUGUGGGAAAGCAUCCAGCAGGGGGAGCUGAAGGCUAAACAGCAGCAUGAGGAGGCCGUUGGUUUGGUUCAGGCCCUUGAGGAUCAGAUAAACACACAGACAGACAGAGAGAGUCUCAGCCUGUGGGUUUCUCAGCUCCUGGAGCCCAAGUUCACUGUGCUCAAGGGACAGAUGGAGAGAGUAGUGGUUAACAGGGCGGAGACUGAGGAACAGCAUGUGCAGCAUCAGACAAAUCUUGAAGCUCGACUAGCCGAGCUGGAGCUCCUGCUGAAGAACCUGAACUCUAGAACUGAGGAAAUCCAUCUAACACAGCAGACUCCAGUACAGGCUCCUGUCAGUGUUGGAGUCUCUCAGGAGAAGCAUGAUGCUUUGCUCACUGAGGUUCAGAGGCUGGAAGCAGAGCUGGGCCGCAUCAGAGGAGACCUGCAAGGAGUGAUGGGAUGUAAAGGGAAGUGUGACCGACUCGACACCAUACAUGAAACCGUGUCAGCGCAGGUGAAGGAACAGUUGUACGCUCUGUUGUACGGUCGUGACAGAGGUGAAGCAGAGAUUCCCGAGCCGCUACUGCCGUGGCUGGCAUCUCAGUACAUGCGCUCCUCUGACCUCACCGCGACCCUCAUGACCCUGGAGCGCAGCAUUCUGGGAAAUCUGUCCCUGCAGCUGCAGGAGAGCAAACAGCAGCAGUUCUCGGCUGAAACGGUUACUCAGACCGUUGCCCACACCGCCGGGGCUGCUGGGAUGUCAGAGGAGCAAGUCCAGCUGAUCGUCCAGCAUGCGCUGAAGCUGUACUCUGAGGAUCGCACCGGACAGGUGGACUACGCUCUGGAGUCUGGAGGUGGCAGUAUCCUCAGCACACGCUGUUCUGAGACGUACGAGACUAAAACAGCACUGAUGAGCCUGUUUGGAAUCCCGCUGUGGUACUUCUCACAGUCGCCACGAGUCGUCAUCCAGCCGGACAUGUACCCAGGAAACUGCUGGGCGUUUAAAGGCUCCCAAGGUUAUCUGGUGAUCAGGCUGUCUUUAAGCGUGAUCCCUACCUCCUUCUGCCUGGAGCAUAUUCCCAAAAGCCUCUCUCCUUCUGGAAACAUCAGCAGUGCACCACGCCGAUUCUCUGUCUAUGGAUUGGAUGAUGAAUACCAGGAGGAAGGGAAACUGCUGGGUGACUACACCUAUGAAGAAGAUGGAUCAUCACUCCAGAUCUUUCCAGUUAUGGAGAAGAGCGACCAGGCCUUUCAGAUCAUUGAGAUGCGUGUGCUGUCGAACUGGGGUCAUCCCGAAUACACCUGCCUGUAUCGCUUCAGAGUUCACGGCAAACCUCACACUCCGUAAUCAUGCCCGCUGUACAUUACUAUAUAACCCUUUAUGUACAUACAGGAAACACUCGGUCUUUGACUCAGCACGGAUGAGACUGGGCUUGCUAGACACAUUUUAAGACUCUAAUACGAAACAGAGUUACAAGGAGCACAGCGGGAAGGAUUCCCACUCAUUUCCUUCCCGAGUCCCUGUUCUUGCACGGCUGGGCCCUGUGUUACGCUUCUGCCCCAUACGCUCUCACCCGUAGAGGUAUCUGUGCCUUCAGACAGAACACGCUUCUCUCAUUCUGUGUACAUUGUUUUUCCUUUGUUUUCUGAAUGUACAGAGAGGAGUGAAGUCCACCGGUCACUGCCGCUUUGAGGUGGCCGUCUGCUAUAAGAGGGAGUAUUUGUGAGUUUAUAAAACCUUUACAACCACUAAACCAGUUAAGCUCACCAAACCCAAUGAGGAUAUGUCUGGGUCAUGUUUUACCUCGAAUCAUUUACUGAAUGAAUCCUACUUUAGGGCUACUAAGAUUUUUUUUGCAUUGUGACAUUAUUAUUUUCUUCAAAAAUAAGCA